GCAUCACUAUAAAUUUGGCGGCAUAGGAAAAUGGAGCAGUCGAAGCACGAGUCGAAGCGUGGGCGUCGUGUUCGCUGGCGAGUUUGAGAGCUGGAAUGAACAUGAAACUCGUUUUGCGAAGUCCCCAACAUUAGGUAGAAAUUGUUACAAAUAGCUGUAAGCAUGAGUAACAAUCAGGGUAGCGUGACCGGUCGGCUUUCUACGAUAAAUGGCCGAAACCCGACGGUCGACGACAUUUUCGCUAGAAAAGCUACAAUGGAAAGAGUUAAGCCGGCACUGAAAAGAGCGUGCGUCAACUCUCUUCUCGCUUUGAUCGUGCUCGUUGAUAUGCGCCAAGGGUCUGUGAUGAGGUUUUUUGAAGAAGAGUGGUUAGUGCUUUGGUACACUGAGUGUGUCUUGGGCAUACUACUUUGUUGCAACUCCCUUGUGUACAUUGCCUCAUACACCUGGGCUCACUUUUGGGAGCUGCCAGUGCCAAUUACUCCUAAGCAGAUGAAGCUACUCCGCAUUUCUGAAACGGACGCUGGGUUCAAUGUAAAAAGUCCACCUCAGCCAAACCUGCCAGAGACAAGAUGGCCUGGCUUUGAUAGCUUUGUCCUGCCUUCGGCAACCUCAUCACCACUUUCAAGAUCAAUGGUCAUGACUCCACAUGACACGUCUGCUGCAAGUUGGGGUUCUGCUGGUUCGAGCUUUGGAGGCAAUGCUAGCCUUUCAUCCAGUUCUUGGUUGUUCUAUACAGGAGCAAAUGCUUCCCUCGACAAGAGUGGCUUUUCGGAUAGGUCUUCAGACUCGCCACUUGGAGGAGCCUCCGGUGGCCUGCGCUGGCGUGGUUCCUCACCUAAAGUAAGAUGGCACAUAAGUGAUGAACGCAGCUUGGUCGACUAUCUGGCUGCCCAUGAAGAAUCCGAUCGCAGCCUCUCUUUUGAUGUACCAUCAAGCAGCGGCGUGUUGAACUCCUCGCUGCGGCUGGAUGCUGACUCGGUGAUCUCUCACCUGAGCCACUACCAGAAGGCGACAAGGUCUCCGCAGACGAUGCAUGGUGACGACCUUGACUCGGUGGCCACCUUCAGUGGAGACAGUGUUUGGAAGAAGUGGUCUAUUGAUAAAGACAAGCUGGACAUUUGGGUCGAGAACCUUCGCAAGUGGAUCAGCCAGACCAUUGUGAAACGAGUGGACUCUGAGAUAGACUCCAUCAACACCACGCUCCAGAGGCUGGGAUCAUCGGAUUUGCGUAUUGGUGAGGCCAACCCAUCAACGUUGCAACAGGUAGCUCUCAGCAAAGGGCAGCAUGUGCCCACACUGGCUUCUCUGCUCCCAUAUUUGGACCUGAACAGCAACCACGAAUACCUAGUCCAGCGAAUCAAAGAGCUGGCUCGAGGUGGUUGCAUGAGUGACUUCCGAUGGAAUAGUGGCAGCCAGAAUUACCGGGGCAAGCCGUGGAGCGACUCACUUCCCACCGACUCAAGUAUAGUUCUGCAUCUCCUGUGCACAUACCUGAACUCCAGGCUGCCUCCUGAUCCACGCUUCCCAGAUGGGAAAACUUUCACCUCACAGUUCUUCCACAAGGCACCAAACAAGCCUCCUGCAGACAAGGAUGCCCUGUGUAUAUAUCAGACCAGUGUGCUACCACCACACUACCGUGUGAUCAUAGGUGAGGACACCUGGGACCUGCCAAAGGGUCGAAACAAUCUCUUCUACGCCGUCCUCCUGUUCCUGCACUGUAUCAAGACUAAACAUGGUGGCAUGCUAGGGAGGAUCAACCUUGGCCUGUCGGGAGUGAACGUCCUGUGCGUCUUGGAUGGAUAGCAUUGCUCACCUUGACGUAUAGCAGCUGCUUCAAGCCAGGUUGCCUUCACCUGGAGGAAAUAGUUCGGCAGGACAUUGCCAUGUGUUGCUGCUCGACUGUUGCCGUUGAUUGUUGCUUGUCGACACAAGUAACCAAUGCAGUGUAGAGCUGAGAACAUUCAUCAUGCAACUGACCAUGCCAUUUUCUGUGCAAACAUGUGGACUGUGCAUUUCAACAGUGCUUUAGUUUUCCUCGUUCAUUACUGUCUAUCCUAUGAUCUUAGUCCAUCAUACUUGUCCUACUCAUGUUGCAUCCACACCAUCCACACUCAAGACAAGCUUUCCUUCACAAUUGUUCUGCAGCUCAAACAAAUUGAUUGCUUGCUGCAUCUUGAGCAUGUGCUAUUGAGAUUGUCUAAUCACUGUGGGAUAAAUAAACAUUCUUGUGCUA